AUGAAGCCCAUUCAGACAGCCAUGCUCGUGCUGGCCACGAUGACAGGCGUCCAAUCAGCGCCUGCAGCUGACGCCAACAUUGUCAUCCCGGACUCGAGUAUGAGGUCCGAGUAUCACACAUCUUGGGUCGAAGACAGCACCAGGCCGUGGCUUCGGAAACGAGCCAGGGGAAAGGGCGAUCCCUGCGAUCCUGGAAGAGGCCAGUGUGUCACUGGCCUUGGUUGUUAUGGAUGCAGCAAUCAUCAGCCCGUAUGCCAGCGGGGCCCGGGCUCGAAUGAGUGUUGUCACCGGGAUAAUCUGAGUUCGGUGGUCAUCUGCGACCGAUCAUAA